AUGGUGAAUGAAGGAAUUGUAUUGGGGCACAAGAUUUCUAAGAAAGGCAUUGAAGUGGAUCGGACCAAGAUUUCUACGAAAGAGAAUUUGCCACCUCCAGUUUCAGUUAAAGGAGUGAGGAGUUUCUUGGCCCAUGCGGGGUUUUAUAGAAGGUUUAUCAAAGAUUUCUCCAAGAUCUCAAAGCCGCUGCCCACCUUGUUAAUGAAUGGGGUUCCAUUUGAUUUUGAUGAAAAGUCUCACCAAGCUUUUAAGAUACUUAAGGAGAAAUUGAUUUCGGCACCUAUACUUGUAGCACCUCAAUGGGAUUUGCCAUUUUAA